GGGUGUAACACCGGUGCGCAGUGCUGUCCCUCAGUGGGCGGAGUUAACUAACAGCUCACGUGACAACGGUUGCCAGUCAGUGUUGCUUCUAUGCGGCUCUUGAGACCGACUGUGUUGUUGGGUUUGAUAGGGAGCAGAGGAAUAUCGAGAAGUAUGUGUGCUCAGGUGGGAGACUGGCAGACUGCCAAGUCAAUCUACGAGUUCUCUGCCAAGGAUAUUGAUGGCAAUGAGGAGUCUCUUGAGAAAUACAGAGGGUACGUAUGUAUCAUCGUAAAUGUAGCCUCUAAAUGAGGAAAGACGCCGGUAAACUAUACUCAGCUAGUGGAAAUGCACGCCAACUACGCUGAGAGAGGUUUACGCAUCAUAGGCUUCCCAUGCAACCAGUUUGGAGGACAGGAGCCAGGGACUGAUGCAGAGAUUAAAAUGUUCGCCCAACAAACUUACAACGUUAAGUAUGACCUCUUCAGCAAGAUUAAUGUGAAUGGAGACGACGCUCACCCUCUGUGGAAGUGGAUGAAGGCACAGCCCAAAGGCAAGGGAACCUUUGGAAAUGGCAUCAAAUGGAACUUCACAAAGUUUCUGAUAAAUAGAGAAGGGCUAGUUGUGAAGAGAUACGGGCCAAAUGAUGAUCCCAGCGUGGUGGAGAAGGAUCUGCCUACGUACCUUUAAUAAUACUGUCUCCUAUGUGUUUGUUUGACCCCUGACCUCUCCCAUGGACUUCAGGGUAUUGGCGUGUGUGUGUGUCUGGACCAGUGACGGCCUGUCUGUAAACCCAAUAUUGGGCAGGGCAGGCCUGAUGAACUCUAGCGUGCAACUAACCCCCAGAACACACCUAUGCCAGACCCAUAAGACCAUAUGAGAGGACAUUCAUUCAGUAGAGACCCUCCACAUCUUAAUUCAAACUCAGCCAUUCCUCUCUGCAAUACAAAUACCAUCAAGUCCUUUCUGAAUGUUAAGUGACAAAUAUAUUCAUGUGUCAAUGUCAAUUUUAUGCCAUAUGUUCCUCAGAUUUCUGAAAAGCUACUGAUAAUAUUAUUUGCACUUAACUUGCCGAAGGGCCCAUUAUUGUAUCUGUACAUCAUAACCCAUGAAAUUGGAAAAUAAAUGCUGUCUAGGACAUUAAUUUGUCAAAUUACAUGCA